AUGGCCGAGCAGCUGUCCAGCUGCCCCCACGAUGGCUGGUACCACCACGAGUGCGGACAUAGGGAAGACUCCGGCGUCGUGUGCUCAGCUUCUCUGCUUUCCACGGCGGAGACCCUGGCACCAUCCACGGAAGCUACUCAGGCCUCGACAUCCUGGCCCGGGUCACCAACCCGGGAUCUGGGCCGGGCACGUGGGAGCUUGGUGUCCGACUGUCCCUUUCUUCCCACAGCUACUCAGGCCUCGACAUCCUGGCCCGACUCAUGGACACCUCCUUCCACAACUGCCUCUACCCAACUAGCAACAGGGUUCGGGACCGAUUCGGGUUUGGCCCUGAGGCUGGUGAAUGGCGGUGACCGGUGUCAGGGCCGCGUGGAGGUCCUUUACCGAGGCUCCUGGGGCACCGUGUGUGACGACGGGUGGGACACCAACGACGCCAACGUGGUGUGCAGGCAGCUGGGCUGUGGCUGGGCCAGGUCGGCCCCAGGAAAUGCCCAGUUUGGACAGGGCUCAGGGCCAAUCGUGCUGGACGACGUGGGCUGCUCAGGGCACGAAUACUUCCUGUGGAGCUGCCCGCACAAUGGUUGGAACUCACACAACUGUGGGCACGGAGAGGACGCCGGCGUCAUCUGCUCAGCUACUCAGGCCUCCACAUCCUGGCCAGACUCAUGGACACCUCCUUCCACAACUGCCUCUACUCAACUAGCAACAGGGUUCGGGACCGAUUCGGCUCUGGCCCUGAGGCUGGUGAACGGCGGUGACCGGUGUCAGGGCCGCGUGGAGGUCCUCUACCGAGGCUCCUGGGGCACCGUGUGUGAUGACAGUUGGGACACCAACGACGCCAACGUGGUGUGCAGGCAGCUGGGCUGUGGUUGGGCCAGGUCUGCCCCAGGAAGUGCCCGGUUCGGACAGGGCUCAGGCCCGAUCGUGCUGGACGAUGUGGGCUGCUCAGGACACGAGUCCUUCCUGUGGAGCUGCCCACACAGGGGCUGGAACUCACACAACUGCAACCACGGGGAGGACGCCGGCGUCAUCUGCUCAGCUGCUCAGGCCACCACAUCCUGGCCAGAUUUCGGGACCGAUUCGGCUCUGGCCCUGAGGCUGGUGAAUGGCGGUGACCGGUGUCAGGGCCGCGUGGAGGUCCUCUACCGAGGCUCCUGGGGCACCGUGUGUGACGACGGGUGGGACACCAACGAUGCCAACGUGGUGUGUAGGCAGCUGGGCUGUGGCUGGGCCAGGUCGGCCCCAGGAAGUGCCCGGUUCGGACAGGGCUCAGGGCCAAUCGUGCUGGACAAUGUGGGCUGCUCAGGGCAUGAGUCCUUCCUAUGGAGCUGCCCGCAUAAUGGCUGGAACUCACACAACUGUGGGCACCACGAAGACGCCGGCGUCAUCUGCUCAGCUGCUCAGACCACCACAUCCUGGCCAGGGUGGAUGCGGCGGCUGUCCUGCUCACCCCGUGGGCAAUCCUGGGGCUCCAUACCUAGGAGCAUACUUAGACCUGGCAGGACAGGAUGGCCCCGAUCUUUUCCCCAUGAUGGCGAUGAACCCCUGGAUGUGUCCAUAACUGACCACCUGCCCUGUGAUAUGGCCAUGAGGGAGACCCUGAGUCUAGAACUUGCUUUGAGCCUGGAGCUCAGCACAGACAUGGAGGAGGUGUCCUUGUGCCAUCUUCUAGGGUUUGGGACCGAUUCGGCUCUGGCCCUGAGGCUGGUGAAUGGUGGUGACCGGUGUCAGGGCCGCGUGGAGGUCCUCUACCGAGGCUCCUGGGGCACCGUGUGUGACGACGGUUGGGACACCAACGACGCCAACGUGGUGUGCAGGCAGCUGGGCUGUGGCUGGGCCAGGUCGGCCCCAGGAAAUGCCCAGUUUGGACAGGGCUCAGGCCCAAUAGUGCUGGACGAUGUGGGCUGCUCGGGACAUGAGUCCUUCCUGUGGAGCUGCCCGCACAGUCCCUGGAACGUGCACAACUGCAACCACGGGGAGGACGCCGGCGUCAUCUGCUCAGCUGCUCAGCCUUCUACAACCUGGCCAGAUGCAUGGAUAACGCCUUCCACAACUGCGUAUCCUCAAACAACAACAGAUUUUGGGACCGAUUCGGCUCUGGCCCUGAGGCUGGUGAAUGGUGGUGACCGGUGUCAGGGCCGCGUGGAGGUCCUCUACCGAGGCUCCUGGGGCACCGUGUGUGACGACAGUUGGGACACCAAUGACGCCAACGUGGUGUGCAGGCAGCUGGGCUGUGGCUGGGCCAGGUCUGCCCCAGGAAGUGCCCGGUUCGGACAGGGCUCAGGCCCGAUCGUGCUGGACGACGUGGGCUGCUCAGGGCACGAGUCCUACCUGUGGAACUGCCCACACAGGGGCUGGAACUCACACAACUGCAACCACGGAGAAGACGCCGGCGUCAUCUGCUCAGGUGUUCCGACCACCACAGACUGGCCAGGUGAGUCCAGCCACCUCUCCUGGGACGUAUGGACAACUCCAUCCACACCUGUCCCUCUUCAAACAACAGCAGGGUUCGGGAACGACUCAGGUUUGGCCCUGAGGCUGGUGAACGGCAGUGAUUCAUGUCAGGGUCGCGUGGAGGUCCUCUACCGAGGCUCCUGGGGCACCGUGUGUGACGACAGUUGGGACACCAAUGACGCCAACGUGGUGUGCAGGCAGCUGGGCUGUGGCUGGGCCAGGUCUGCCCCAGGAAGUGCCCGGUUCGGACAGGGUUCAGGGCCGAUCCUGUUGGACGACGUGGGCUGCUCAGGGCACGAGUCCUACCUGUGGACCUGCCCGCACAGGGGCUGGAACUCGCACAACUGUGGGCACCACGAGGACGCCGGCGUUAUCUGCUCAGGUGCGUCCUGUCUUGGGGCCUCCCUGUUAGUGUGGCACCUGGUUCCAGGGCUCCUCUCGCCUCAGCCCAGCAGGAGACGGGCCGUUUCAGUUUCAAGCUCGCAUUGCCAGCAGCUGCUGGGUUCCUGGACGUUUGGGGGUGGCUGUCGCAUGGCCCCAGCCUGGCCCUCAGAUAAACCCCAACACCUUCUUUGGAGAAGAGCCCCUAUACUUACUAGGCAGCUCCCAUGGGCCGCUCCCAGGAGCAAUUCUGAGGCCACGGGAGGGGGAUCACACAGGAGCCCCUCUGUCCACAUCCUGAGGGGCUCCUUCCCACACACCGUGGGCCCAGGACUGACCCCGAUGCUUCUCUUUCUUGCAGGUCUGCCCAACGUUGUGACUACCCCAGAGCCUCCCGUCACCAGCACCAGGCCAACUGCCGCGGGGGCCUGUGGGGGCUUCCUGUCCCGGCCUUCGGGGCGCUUCUCCAGCCCGUCCUACCCCGGGAGCUACCCCAACAACGCCCGCUGCGUGUGGGACAUCGAGGUCCAGAACAACCACCGCGUGACCAUCGUCUUCAGAGACGUGCACAGCCACCCUCGGCCCCCAGAGCUGCUCUGCCUGCCGGACCGGAUGCAGGCCAACGUAAGCAGGAGCUACCUGCAGUCCCUGGGCUACUCGGCCGGCGACCUGGUCAUCCCCCACUGGCACGACGUGCAGCAGUGUAAGGCCCAGGUCACGGCGAGCCAGGUGACCUUCACCAUCCCCUAUGCAGGCUGCGGCACCACCCAGCAGCUGGAUAAUGACACCAUCACCUACUCCAACACCCUCCAAGCAGCCGUCCCCGUCACGGGUGGCCUCAUCCAGAGGCGGCCGAGCCUGCACCUCCACGUGAGCUGCCGGAUGCUGCGGGACACCUGGGUGGACCUCAUGUACGUGGCCAACGACAAUGCCGAGGUCGAGGAAGUGCAGUACGGCAACUUCGCCGUCAACAUGUCCUUCUACACGUCCUCCGCGUUCGCAUACCCCGUGACCACGCACCCCUACUACGUGCGCUUGAACCAGGACCUGUACGUUCAGGCCGAGAUCCGCCGGGCCGACGCCUCCAUGGCCCUGUUCGUGGACACCUGCGUGGCGUCGCCGUCCUCCGAGGACGUGCCCUCUGUGACCUAUGACCUCAUCCGGAGCGGGUGCGUGAGGGACGACACCUACCAGGCCCUCCCCGCCCCGGCACCCGGCCUCGCCCGCUUCAAGUUCCGCUCCUUCCACUUCCUGCGCCGCCUCCCCGCCGUGUACCUGCACUGCAAGGUGCUCGUGUGCAGGGCCCACGACCCCGCCUCCCGCUGCCGCGGCGGCUGCCAGCCCAGGCACAAGCGGGACCUGGGCUCCUACCAGGAGAAGGUGGACGUGGUCCUGGGCCCCAUCCAGCUGCAGGCACCAUAGCCCGGGAAAGGAGGAGCCUGGGUAGGUGGUCGCCCUUGACGCCGCCCCCGCCACCCGCU